AUGCCUCCCGAUUGGGCCUUUUCCAAUAAUAGUAGCACGUGCAGCCUCGCUCCCGGAUCGCACCAGUCAAAAACAAUGGACCCUUUACACCGAUUAACGCGCCGCCUGUCUAAACUGUCAUCCGCAGGCACAAGCGCCAAUGGCCAGUACAAACAUGAUAGUGGUAGUGGUAGUGGUGAUGCGAUUCAUGCAGCAGCAACGGUGCAAGACGUAAUCACCACAAGCAACGAGCAGAAUUCGCAGUUUCUGCGUCUUCCCGCGCACCUCCGCCAGCUAAUCUACCAGUACGUCCUCGGCGGCGUGCGGAUCCGUGUCUGCGACACGCACAACUGCCGGCGACGCCACAAAUGCCGCAACAGAGGCCGGAAACUGCACUACGCCACCUACUUCCACCUGCGCAGACGCCAUGUCGCGCUGCUGUCGACGUGCCGCCAGGUCCACGCCGAGGCCCGGCUGCUGCCGUUUUCGCUGAAUGAGUUCCACGGAGACCACUGGGACGUGCAGCUCGCAGUCUACUACCGGUUGACCGACGCCCAGGUCGGCGCCAUGACGACCCUCAGAGUCUACUUCAAGUACGGCGAUGUCGUGUACUAUCCCGCGCUUGGCCCGAGCAACUCGAGCCUGAGUCUGGGUCAAGAUGCGCUUGCUACGCUGCGCGUUCUCGGCCACCUGCGCAGCCUGCGUACCAUCAUCGUCGAGUGGGUCGGCUACCAUGACUGGGCACACGACUGGCCCAUGGUGCAGCGGAGCAUGGCUUUCCUCGUGUUCGAAGAGCUGCAGCGCGUCAGGCGCGGUGCCGAUAUCGAGGUUCAAGUCACCGAGUGCAGUGUCGUUGCCGACUCGGACAUUAGUACCGAAACCACAGUGCAGAAUAAGCAGCGGCUUGUUUCGUUUAUGUUGUAG